CACAAACUGCAGGAGCUGAUUCAGACAUGAGGGCUGUGUUUGGACUGUUGGCGAUGAUGCUCGGAGUCUGUCAUGGUGAGUUUUUCAAUUAUUACAGAGAUUACUGAUGAAUGUCUAGAGGUAGAGGACGGGGUUAUGGCUACUGAAAAGUACAACAGAUCUGAUUCUUUUCACGUUGUUUUCUUUUCUCAGAAUUUUAAGACUGAAUUUUCAGUCUAAAUUUGAUCGGAGGUUUUUUUUGCUAGCUGUCACAGCCAGCUCAAAUUCAAAGGGGUGACCGGGGCUUGUUGUCACAUGGGUAAAUUGUCACAUUGCAAUUAUCUUUGCCACUAGGGGGCACAACUGAAAGUGGAAUUCCAGUUUUCUUCCUUUCCAUGGUCAGGGGUUGUGUCCUGUCUGAGAAGAGAAGAGCACACUGUGAGCUGAGAUGAGCACCAAUUAACCAUUUUGCACAACCCAAAGUAAAAAAAAAUUACCUUAUAUAUUUUAAAAUAAGCAUCUUCCAGAUAAAAAUCCUAGCAGUGAUACAUGUGAACUUGUUAGAGGAGAGAUUAAGGCAUCCUCUCAUACCUUAGUCAUUGUUCUGUUUUAAGCUAACUUUAAACUAGAGCUAGAAUUAGCAGACAUGGUAGUUUGGGUCAGGGUCAGUCAUUUUGGGGUUAGUUGUCACAUGUUUAAAAGGAAUUAAAAUUAACACAGAGAGUCUGCUUAUCAGUACUUGUCAUAUUGAAAUUCUAACUUAUUUUUUACAGAGAAAACAGUGGUUUAAAGGAGAGGAGAAAGUGAGAAAACAUGGUGAGGAAUUUCAAAAGAACAGAACAUGGCAGUGCAGUACCUGACGUGAUGCUGAGGGCAGUCAGACAGAUGACCCUAACUAAUAAAUCAGCGUGGAGUAAAAUAAAAGACUUUAAUGUGACCUACCAGAACUUUGGUUCGGUACUGCAAAACAUUCACCCCAGCUGAUAUACAGAGUCGGACUGCUCUCCAAACUCCAGAACAUGUUGCAUAAUCUUUUAUGUUAACGUGUGUUUCAUGGCUAUAUUCAAUGACUUUUUCUAGCUCAACGAUAAAUAUUUUUUGUGCCUGACUUUGAUGUUCCCUUUUAUGUAAAAAAAAAUGAGAACAACAAUAAUUUUGUCCCUGUUUUAUUAGCUACAAAAUCCACUGUGACAUCUUACCCCAUGUAGUGAGACAACUUACCCGAUGGUGGGGCAACAUGUCAUAUGUUCACACUCUCUAUUUGAUUGCUUAUAACUCUGCACUGACACAAGAUAUGAAAAAGACAUAAAUGCAAAAUAUCUACCUGAGAUUCUGGUCUUUCAUCUGGUACAGUUUUUGUUUAUAUAUGAUCUAUUGAUCCCAAGAAAUAUAUAAGAGUGUAAAAAGUGUGACAACAAGCCCCGGUUUCCCCUAUUUUUAUUUUUAUUUUUUUUGUUUUACAAAAAAAAUCAAAAUCAUGUAAUGUGGAUAUUAGUAGAUCAGUGCCCAUUCGUUAAUUUGUUUGAUUUCUUUUCAGAGUCAUGAUACUUAUUACAAUGUGGAGCUUAGAAGACAAAAUAUUAGGGACAAUUUGACCAGACGCUCCUUGUUCCUCAUUUUGGUCUAGACAGCUGGCUGCCCAUCAUGAACUGAAACUAUAAUAAUAAUAAUAACAACUAUAUAUUAGUUAUUAAUAACUAAUAAUAUAGUUAUUAAUAAUAAUAACUAUAUAAACUUAUCAACACUUUAUUCUAAUAACAUGAGGACUUUAUUCUCCUAAUAUUCUUACUAAAUCAAGCUUUAUUUCGUUAGAAAAUGACAAAAAAAGAUCAAUCUUGUAAUCUGCUGUAUAAAGUCAUGAGAGGUUUGGAAAGUUACACUGAAAAUGAAAGAGGAAACAUGCAGCUGCCGUCAGUCCACACUUUAUUUAUCACUGAGUUUUAAAGGUUUUUAUUAAACCCUCAAAAGAUGCUCUAUGUUCCUCAUUUUAAUUUAAGCUGCAGGCUGCUCUUCUCUUUCUUUUCACAACACGCUUCAACUGCAACUUUUCCAUCAUAAUUUUAUGACUUUUCUCCUAAUACUUUGUUUACGUUGUUGUAAAUUUUGACUUUAUGCUGAUGUUUCGAGCCCUGGGGGGAAAAAAAGUAAUAGUAAUAUAAGAAUGGAUGUUAGAUUUUGUAUUUUAAAGUCUUUAAUCAGAUAUUUUUAACAUUAAUUCAUGAAAAAUGUCCCACACUAGAACAACUUCUGCUCUGCAUAGACUGAUGUUUUUAACAAAUACAGUAAUGCUGAUCAUUAAAAUGUGUUUCAUCAGGACUAGGCUGGAUGUUUGCGUGGUUUCUGUUUAUCCUCAUUUCAAUUUUGAACUUAGAUGUUUUGAUUUUAUUGUAGGGAGAGACUUUUGUUUUAGAUGCACUUUUUUUAUCAUUAUAUACAUAUUUUGAGAGCUCCCUUUAGUUGAAAUGGUGCUUGAAAAAAAUCUAUUAAUUUUAAAUCUGGAGUUCGUUAAAAAAUGAUCAAAUGUAGUAGCUGCUGAAUGUCCACCUGUAGAGUGUUGCUGCACUUCACGUCUUCAACAAGCUACUAUUUUUUUUAAGAAAGUAAGAGAGGUGAGAUGUUUAGGUGAAUAAUUCAAAUAAUCUGUGACCUUUUACAAUCAUGGUACAUUUUUAUAUAAAAGAGGUCUAAGAUUUUGCUUUAAGUUUAAAGAGUAUUUAAAAAUGUUAGAGCUAUUGAAACUCUAGUUUGUUUAUUAAACAUUUAUAAAUUUUCUGAUUGACACUAAUUUAAGAAAUCUUAACACCUUAAAAAAUAUAAAUCUGUAUGUCCCUAAAAGACAGGUAAAAGGUUUGUUUAUUAGAGGUAAAAGAUCAAUAAUGUGGUAUGAUCCUGUUUUAUGUGUGUUCUCAUUAUUUUUCCAGGUGUUGAAACCACCUGUGAUGGCAGACAUGAUGGAACUGAAUGUUAUGGAGCUCUGAGAGGAACUGUGAUCCUCCAGCUGAUGGAUGAUGCCACAGAAAUAUUUAGAUACUAUUGGAUGAAAGAAUCAACAAUAAUACUUCAUGGGGGAAAACAUAGGAUUUUGACCAAUCAGAUAGCAAACAGAUCCUCCUUCACUCCCAGUAAUGGAACAAUUAGGAUCAAUAACCUGAACAGGAACGAUAGUGGUGACUAUACUCUUAAAAUCUUUAAUUCAACUGGACAGAGGAUCGAGAGGAGAACUCUCCAGUUGAUCAUUCAAGGUGAAUAUUGACCUGUUUCACUGAUGAAUAGACAGUUGUAUUGAUAUGCAUACAUGUUAAAUGGUAGAAUUUGUAUGGUAAAUUUAUCUCUAUGAAUAUUUUCUCUACUAGAAACUGUAAAAUAAUGAUGCUCCUGUCAUGAAAAGUAACCUUGGUGUGUUCCCCUCAGCUCCUCUGUCCUCUGUCAAGCUGGUCCCUGAGUGUUUGUCCCACGGAGAGAUGAGGGUCUCCUGCUCCUCUGGUGGGGGGGACAGUCCUCAGUACAACUGGACUAUGGAUGGACACACACUGAUGGACUCUCAGCCCCUCUCUGAACAUGAAGAGACGAACAUCAUCACUCUGAAACAAGACAUGUCAGGACGGCUGGUCUGCACAGUCAGGAACAAUGUCAGUGAAGUCUCAGAUAAAACCUAUAUAUCUACCUGUGGUGAGUGAAAACAUGAGGAGAGAAUAAAUGAUGGCUUUAACUCUGAUCAUCAAACAUGCAUCAGUCACUGAUCUGUUUUUUCAAACAGGCUACAUAUCUGUCAAGUGCAUCCAACGUAAUGGGACCUAUGUGCUUGAAACCAGUGAAGCUCAGCUCAGUCAUUAUAUAGAUAUUUUGAGAGCUCCCUUUAGUUGAAAUGGUGCUUGAAAAAAAUCUAUUAAUUUUAAAUCUUGAGGUCGUUAAAAAAUCAAAUAUAGUAGCUGCUGAAUGUCCACCUGUAGAGUGUUGCUGCACUUCACGUCUUCAACAAGCUACUAUUUUUUUAAGAAAGUAAGAGAGGUGAGAUAUUUAGGUGAAUAAUUCAAAUAAGCUGUGACCUUUUACAAUCGUGGUACAUUUUUAUAUAAAAGGGGUCUAAGAUUUUGCUUCUAGUUUAAAGAGUAUUUAAAAAUGUUAGCUCUGUGAGCACCUAUUAGAGCUAUUGAAACUCUUUGGUUUGUUUAUUAAACACUUAUAGAAUUUCUGAUUGACACUAAUUUAAGAAAUCUUAACACCUUUAAAAAUAUAAAUCUGUAUGUCCCUAAAAGACAGGUAAAAGGUUUGUUUAUUAGAGGUAAAAGAUCCAUAAUGUGGUAUGAUCCUGUUUUAUGUGUGUUAUCAUUAUUUUUCCAGGUGUUGAAACCUCCUGUGAUGGCAGACAUGAUGGAGCUGAAUGUUAUGGAGCUCUGAGAGGAACUGUGAUCCUCCAGCUGAUGGAUGAUGCCACAGAAAUAUUUAGAUACCAGUGGAUGAAUGAAUCAACAACAAUACUUCAUUGGAGAGAAAAUAGGAUUCUGACUAAUCAGAUAGCAAAAAGAUCCUCCUUCACUCCCAAUAAUGGAACAUUGAGGAUCAAUAACCUGAGCAGGAACGAUGGUGGUAACUACACUCUUAAAAUCUUUAAUUCAACUGGACAGAGCAUCGAGAGGAGAACUCUCCAGUUGAUCAUUCAAGGUGAAUAUUGACCUGUUUCACUGAUGAAUAGACAGUUGUAUUGAUAUGCAUACAUGUUAAAUGGUAGAAUUUGUAUGGUAAAUUUAUCUGUAUGAAUAUUUUCUAUACUAGGAACUGUAAAAUAAUGAUGCUCCUGUCAUGAAAAGUAACCUUGGUGUGUUCCCCUCAGCUCCUCUGUCCUCUGUCCAGCUGGUCCCUGAGUGUUUGUCCCAAGGAGAGAUGAGGGUCUCCUGCUCCUCUGGUGGGGGGGACAGUCCUCAGUACAACUGGACUCUGGAUGGACACACAUUGAUAGACACUCAGCUCCUCUCUGAACAUGAAGAGACAAACAUCAUCACUCUGAAACAAGACAUGUCAGGACGGCUGGUCUGCACAGUCAGGAACAAUGUCAGUGAAGUCUCAGAUGAAACCUUUAUAUCUACCUGUGGUGAGUGAAAACAUGAGGAGAGAAUAAAUGAUGGCUUUAACUCUGAUCAUCAAACAUGCAUCAGUCACUGAUCUGUUUUUACAAACAAGCUACAUAUCUGUCAAGUGCAUCCAACGUAAUGGGAACUAUGUGCUUGAAACCAGUGAAACUCAGUGUACAAUGACAAUAACAACAACAACAACAACAACAACAACAACAACAACAACAUCAAGUCCUGGGGGUAAGGAGACUGACACCACACUGACAACUAAACCCUCAAAUAAUGUCACAGCCUUCAACCACACUGAGGGUCCCAGCCACAGAGGACACCUUAGGUCCACUAGUAAGUGCUCGCAAACCGUGCUGCAGCGGAUCCAUCAGAGUACUUUUGUUCUUAUACUGGCUUUUAGUCUCCGACUUUACUUUACUCAUUGGCACAUUUAUAUCACGGUGUUUUUGCUUCCAGCCAGAGAAUCUCUGUAUUAAUCCAGCUUUGUGAGUCAGAGUAACAUCAGAGCGCUACAUGACCCAUCACGUCUUAAACCUGACCCCAACUCUUCAUUUCUCUCUCCUCUCUUUUAAACAGAUCACUCCCUGCUCAUUUGUGGUCUGCGAGCAGUUGUAUUUAUCCUGGUAUUGGUUGUGAUUUUUGCCUUUUUUACCUGGAAGAAAAGGAAACUAAUGAGAGCUGAAGGAUCUGCAGGCUCUGAAGAGGUGGAAUAUGAAAACUCUUCUGUCGUGAUGGUUGAAAUGAGAAGCUCUGCAGCUGAACCUUAACUCUCUGAAACCUUAACUUCUUUAUCACUGCUGGAUUCAGACUGUGUGUCUGUAAAGAUGUAAAAAAUAAGGUUCAGAUCCGAAGCUAUCCUGUUUUUAUUUUAAGUUUCUUUUCUUAUAAAAAGCAAAGUGUGUUUGUGUAAAUAAAGCUCAUGUUGUAAUCUCGAUAUUCAAACUAGUUUUAUAACAGUUUAGAGCUCUACACAUCAUCACUGUUGGUUAAAAUUAAAGAUUUUCUAUUAAAUAUGAGUUGACAGUCUUAGGUUUAUGUCUUGGUAGCUAAGGGUCCAUUCAUUAUUUUAAAACGCCAUAUGUGUUUGUUGAAAAUUGUUUUUUUAUUCUAUGAUCAAAGUUUGUGUUUUGGAGAAUAAUGAUCAUUUUUGUUUUAUUAUUGAACUUUGUUGCUCUGCAUUUUAAAUACCUCUUUAACUAUUGUAUAUGUAACAUCAUACAGAAGACCACUUCCUGUUGCACUGAUGUCAUUUGUAAUGAAAGCUUUGGAAAAACUGCUUCAGUCUGAAAUUUUACAGAAAACUGAGUGUGAUUUGGAUCAAAUGCAGUUUAAAUACCAAAUUCAUUUAAAUGAAAUUAGAUUCAAACAUCUGGAAGAGAGAGGGACAUGUACUGGACUUUUAUCCUUUUGUGAUACAAUUUAAUUUCACAUUUUAACAAAGAGGCUUUUAAGAUGGGCUCUGAAAAAUGAGUAAAAGUAAAUAAAAUCAGAUUACAACCAGAGACCAGAUUAUCUGAAUGUAUUUAUUCUUUUUAUUUUGAGUAUCUGUACUUUGUUUUUGUUUUUUUACCCUUCUUCAUUUGCAUGAAUGUUAUUGUUGCUCUACUUUUGCUCUGAAGUUAGCUGAUACAUUUUCUUGCCUUUCCCUCAACUGUCUGCCCUGCUCCAUACUAGUUGUCUACCUUUGCUGUAAGAUACCACCAGAAGACACCACGGUCGAAAAAGACGUGAUGUUUGAGAGAGAGGAUCCUGUGGGCUAUGUGGAAACUCAAAUCAGGAACAACUUCACAUUACUGAUUUAAUCUACAGAUUGAUGUUAAACGGCUGAAAUGUGUCUGUUUUUGAACUCACAGAGCAGAGUCUGAGAUCCAAGCUGUCUAUGUUUUAUUUGACCUCUUGUUUUUAAUAAACAGCAAAGACAAACCAGUCAUCAUGUCUUUAUGGAUUAAUUUUCAAGUUUUCAAUCUUACUUUAACAUGGUCUAUGUUGACAGGACAGCUGAGGAGAGACAGUAAAUGUGGGGAAAAGAGAGUCAGGAAGACAUGCAGCUCAGAGUCAUGGUUUGGAUCUGCAGCAUCUGCAGCUUUGAGGACUGCAGCCUGUCCUUAUGAGGCGUAUGCUCAACCAGAGCCCUCAUAUAAGGAGACAUUAAAACAGAUUUCUGUCUGUUUAGGACCUGAAAGUUCAAUAAAUUUCACAGCAAAGACCCUGUAAAUACUGAAGUAACAAAUCAAAGCAACAGAUGUGAUGCUUUUAAUCCACUGCAGUCAGAGGUCAACACUCUUUGAGAAUAUAUGUAUUUUCUAUUAUUGUGUUAUCACCACAGUAAACAUUUGUAGACCAUCAUGAGAUAAAAACCCUUUCUCAUGUGUGCAACAAUGACUUAUUUUGUACGAUUAUGUUUUUGAGAAAAAUUGCAGUUUGACUUUUUCUGUUGACCUGAAAUGUCUUUUUACAUUCUUUAAAAUUGAACCUAUAAUUAAAGUCCAUGAUCAGCAUGUGAGGAAGAGGAAGCUCUUUAAAUUCAUACCUGAAUAGUUUUUAUGGCUGUUAUGUAUUUAGAGUUAGGGUUUCUAGUGUAUCAGGACUUUAUUGAAAAGGAACUAUCAGGCAAGAGAAGAGUGAGUUUUGUUUUUAGAUUAAUUUUUUUGAUGAUAUUUGAUCGUCCAUGUAGCAGAAACAUCAACUGUUGGUCUCAAAUCCUCUUUUGGUUCAAAGGGGGAAAGCUUUCUUCUCUUCCAGUCACUCCAUCACACCAAAAGACCUGUCUGAUUUGGCUAAAAGGGAAGUAAAACCGUCAUCACUUCCUUUUUUCUUUGCAGAGACUCUCUGUUUGGUUCGAGUGAGCAAACCUUUUCUCUGAGGCUGAUCAUUUGGAAGAACACGCUCCAGAACUUUGUCUGGGAGCUGCUGAGACUGAGGCUGAACUGUGAGGGGACAUGGACACUGUGUUUGGACUGAUGCUGCUGCUGCUGGGAGCCUCUCAUGGUCAGCUCUUUAAUAAACUUACUGAACUUAGUAGAUUUGAUCUUCUAUGAAAGCAGCAGAUACUUAUUUGUGAGCAGCAGCUGGUUUCAUUACCAAAGUAUAAACGUGAGCAGUGGGAGUUUCAGAUGUUUGUCCAAAUUUACAUAAGUUUGUAUGAGUGAAAUCCAUUUGAGUGUCCAUUGAAAAUGAUCACCUGCUGUAUGUCCAUCAGGAUUAGAGUACUUUGUAUUGUAUUAGAGUACAAUUAUUUAUUUCUAUGACCUUCUUAUCCACCUGCUGCAGAGAUGCAAACUUAGUGUAGGUGUAUCAUUGACCGUACUUUGUUGUUAUUAUUAAGAUGCUCAUAUUCAUAAACUUUAUUUUAAAGGCUUGAGUCCUUGAAAACUUUGUGCUUUCCUCCUCCGUAUCCAUGAAAAAAGGACUUUGUACAGACAGUCUGGUUGUAUUCACCACCUUAAAGACUCUGGCAGCAAUUUUGACAUCAAUUCAAGUUUUUGCCACAUCUACUUCGGCCACAAUUUGUAAUAACUCCCUAUAUCCGUCUUCACUGUUUGAUUCAACUUUCUCUUGGUGGUCUAAGAAAAGGAUCAAGUCUUUUCAAGAUUCAUAUGUAGAUGAGGUUUUCUCCAGUUUUUCUUCUCCGUUGUCUAAUUUGGGGACAACAUCACAUCUUUUCAGGAAUUCACAGAUAAAGCACUCUAACAUUUCCCCCAGGUGUGCUUUACCUCCCUCCAAAACCUCUGUGGGUAACUUUACCCUUGCCACACUCUCAUUAAAGAGCAUUAAUCUAAAAAAUCUUCAGUGAAACUUUCAAAGCCAAAGCAAAGUGGAACAAGAGCUGAAUAGAAAUGAACAUGGGAUUCUAGGAGAUAGAGUGCAAAGUAAAGCAUGAUGUGCUCGCCUUUGUCUCACACAACUUCAGGGGCUAAAUCAGGCUCAUGUUUCUAAACCUCAGCUGUCAGUCAUAGACACAGAUGUUGUAGACACGUGUUGGAUCUCAUAACACUCCAAAUUGUUUCCACAGUGCUAGGUUUCAACUUUCAACUCUGUCCCUAAGUCCCUGUUGAAACAUUUGAUCUAGAUGCCAGGCAAAACCAAACAAUUGUAUUACAGCUCUCACAGCCAGACGUACUACAGUGCAGCACAGGAGCUCUGAGUCCUCCUUUUUCUCAGUGGCUCAGGGAGGUAAAGUGGGGAGGACAAAGGUACUCAAAGGAGAACAUGUUUCAUGUGUGGUGUGUGGCAGCCUUUUAUAACUCACGUCAAUGAUAUGCAUGAUUAACUGAUUACUUAGUGUACAGAUCUGCCUGUUUUCUUUUUUUUUUCUGGUAAAAGAUCAAUAAUGUGGUAUGAUCCUGUUUUAUGUGUGUUCUCAUUAUUUUUCCAGGUGUUGAAACCUCCUGUGAUGGCAGACAUGAUGGAGCUGAAUGUUAUGGAGCUCUGAGAGGAACUGUGAUCCUCCAGCUGAUGGAUGAUGCCACAGAAAUAUUUAGAUACCAGUGGAUAAAAGAAACAAGAACAACACUUCAUUGGAGAGAAAAUAUGAUUGUGAUUAAUCAGAUAGCAAACAGAUCCUCCUUUACUCCCAAUAAUGGAACAUUGAGGAUCAAUAACCUGAACAGGAACGAUAGUGGUAACUAUACUCUUAAAAUCUUUGAUUCAACUGGACAGAGCAUAGAGAAGAGAACUCUCCAGUUGAUCAUUCAAGGUGAAUAUUGACCUGUUUCACUGAUGAAUAGACAGUUGUAUUGAUAUGCAUACAUGUUAAAUGGUAGAAUUUGUAUGGUAAAUUUAUCUCUAUGAAUAUUUUCUCUACUAGAAGCUGUAAAAUAAUGAUGCUCCUGACAUGAACAGUAACCUUGGUGUGUUCCCCUCAGCUCCUCUGUCCUCUGUCCAGCUGGUCCCUGAGUGUUUGUCCCACGGAGAGAUGAGGGUCUCCUGCUCCUCUAGUGGGGGGGACAGUCCUCAGUACAACUGGACUCUGGAUGGACACACACUGAUGGACUCUCAGCUCCUCUCUGAACAUGAAGAGACGAACAUCAUCACUCUGAAACAAGACAUGUCAGGACGGCUGGUCUGCACAGUCAGGAACAAUGUCAGUGAAGUCUCAAAUAAAACCUUUAUAUCUACCUGUGGUGAGUGAAAACAUGAGGAGAGAAUAAAUGAUGGCUUUAACUCUGAUCAUCAAACACGCAUCAGUCACUGAUCUGUUUUUUCAAACAGGCUACAUAUCUGUCAAGUGCAUCCAACGUAAUGGGAACUAUGUGCUUGAAACCAGUGAAACUCAGUGUACAACAACAACAACAACAACAACAACAACAACAAGUCUUGGGGGUAAGGAGACUGACACUACACUGACAACUAAACCCUCAAAUAAUGUCACAGCGUCCAACCACACUGAGGGUUCCAGCCACAGAGGAGACCUGUGGUCCACUCGUAAGUGCUAGCUAACCGUGCUGCAGCAGCUCCAUCAGAGUACUUGUUUAUUUUUUUCUACCUUUACUCUUCUUCAUAGGAACACCAUGAGAGCAUUAACUUCAAGAUUUUAUGUUUCUCCUAUGUCUUAUAUUACUUAGAAGUAAAAGUGUAUUUGCUGGUAAUGGUUGGCGUCCUCUCCUCUCUGCUGGUCUUCUUGGCUGUUGGGAUGGGAGUCGUUUGGAGUCAAAGCAAAACACAGAACAAGGCUGAAGGUACCCAACAGAACCCCUUUUUUACUGACUAAUCACCCUACUCUGUCAUUUUCUCCUUUCUAACUUAAUAGUUGAACCAAAUAUACUGCCAAGAGCAGUGUUGAAAAUAUAAUCUUACUCUAUCAGGAAGCUCUGCUUGCACCUGGUUAGCUUUGGAUAAAAAGACUAUCUCAGCACCAGGGUGGGGGUGUAGCUUUGCACGGUGUAAAACCAUCUAAAUCUGCAGAUUAAUAUCCAUAUAGUUUAACUCUUUUUUUCAAUUCAUUAAUUUAAUUCAUUCAUAGUCUCUAUUUAAGUCUUAAAAAGCAGCUCUGAUAGACAGUAACCUGUUCCCUCACCUUUACAUGAACCUGCGUUAUCCAACAUGUAUCCAUAUUCCUUACAAUAAACAAUCAUUAAAUGUGAUAUAAUUGUGCUUUUUGUCUCUGAAACUAUGCAGAUGUGAGGGGUGAUCAGGACUUAACCUACGCUGAAGUCAACAUUGUCCCGCGUCAGGGGAGGCAGGUGCAGCCGGAGGUGGAGAUUGAGGUGGAGUACGGCCAGGUCAGGUUUGCACAGAGACCUCAGCAGCCUGUUGAACCACCUGGAGAAAAUAGUCUAUAUGCCAAGGUGCAUAAAAGCAGGUGA